AUGUGGUCGCUUGGCUUGCUCGCUGCUUCCGUGCCUCUGCUCAGCGCUGCUGCUCCGACGCUGAGCGCACGCAACAACUUCCACUACAAGAUCGAUCCAAAGUGUCCCCAAGGCACCACGCCUGGCUUUGAAGUCUACACUGCGCGCUACGAUGUGCCGGCCAAAAAGUUCUACGAAAAGGUCGGAUCGUUUUUUGACGAAGAGUGGUACAUCGGCUUGCCACCCAACGCCACACGGGGCCCAGACAACACGCCUGGCUCUGUGCGCGAGAUCGACUUUGCCGGAACGAUCCUGCACGAGCAGCUGAUCAAGUACAUCCACAAGCCGGCACUGCUCGAGCUCGAGUGGCAUCUGGUCAACGGACCGAUCAACGUCACCGGUGCUGUGGCCGACGAUCCGCCCGAUGAGAGGAUCCUGUUCGGAAGCUAUACCGAAGACCUGCGUGUCGAGUCGAUUUGCGAAGGCACAGCCACCUUUAUCACUUUUACCGGUCGCUACUGCUUCGACAAGCCCGGCCCGGCGUACAAGGUGUUUGACGUGGCUCACUCGUCGUCCAUCGAGGCUGUUGCAAAAGGCCUCAACGCUACGCUGCUAGAGGGCAACGGCACAUGUCCCCAGGCGUAG